AUGGCCAAGCCGGAGCUGGAGGAUACGCCGGACCCGGGCAGAUCUCUGGAGUUGACGCCGGUGCCCAGGGAGCCGGAUACUCCAAUGCAGGCGCUGUACGUGAAUUCCCUAGCCCCAGCCGGCCAAAAGAGCACCGAAUUGAGCGCCGCUGCCGGCUAUCAGGGAGGCUCGGAGACGUCACAACAGACCCAAACCAGCCAAACUGAGAAUGAGCAAGAGACUGAGGAUGAGGAAGAGGAGGAGGAUCACGGUGCCGGUGAGGACACAGCCAACAACGACAAGGGCAGCGAGUACGACGAUACUGAUGACGGCACCGAGCAGCAGACCGGUGAACAGGCCACCGAUUACGAUUCGGAAACUAACGCCGAGUCGUCGGCCACCCCGGCAGCCCCUGCCCCUGCCACCACAACAAUCGGUUAUGCACCACCGGAAGAAGAUGAAGGAGACCUCGAGGCCCCAGCCCCUGCAGCCACCGGUAACGCCGGCCCAGUCGCUCAAACGGAUACCAGCUCGUACUCCAAUUCCGGAUCCGCUGCCCCAACCAACACGGCUUCCUCCUACCAGGCCCCAGCUCCCUCUAACCCGGCCCCGGCCACCAACUACCAGGCCCCCGAGGAGCCGGCAGCACCGGAAGUUGACGAGGUGCCCAGGCUUGAUUAUCAGGCGUCCAACAACGUGAACACCGCCCAACAGUAUGUGCCCCCAGUUUCGUCGGAUCGUGUCGAGACUCCGGAAGCCCCGCAGCCAGGAGGCGGAGCGGGAGGUGCCGACUAUUCUGAGGAGACCAACGCGAAUCCGGAGGUGAUCGUUGUUGGCUCGCCGACGCUGACCUACCCAACCACUGCCGCCCCACGAGCCGAAAUCCCCACUCCCGGCCAGACAAACGACGCCAGCUACGGUAGCAACGAGCAACAGGCCAGCCCGGCUCCCGUGUACCCCGAGCAGACCCUGGCCCCAUACGUCGCCGAGACUGCGCAAACCUCUGCGCCAUACCAGGCCGAGACUCCGGAGCCAGUUUCUUAUCCUGCUCCGGAAACUUCGGCUCCAUACGUUGCCGAGACGCAAGCCCCGUACCAGGCCCCGACGUCCGCCCCGUCCUACGUUGCCGAAGUUGCUGCCGAGACCCCGGCACCAUACCCUGCUCCCGACCCGGCUCCGGCCCCAGCAUACAACGGCAACGACAACAACAACAACAACAACAACAACAACAACAACGACAACAACAACUUUGGCGGCGACACCUCGGCCGCAAUUCCGUUCAAGGCCGGUGAUGAGAACAAGUCGAACGACGCGUAUUCCGGCGAGUCAAAUCAACCCCAGCCCGCCCCUCAGCCUUAUCCCGAGACGACGAACACUGAAGCCCCGGCUCCGGCUCCUGCUCCCUAUCAGCCACCCGCUCCACAACAGCCCGUCCCAGCUGAUGUCUACCCCGAGGAGGAGGCCCCGCAGCCGCCAGUCAGCGAGAAUACUGGACCGUACCCAGAGGAACCGUUAGCCCCGACGCAAGCGGAAAUCUACACAUCCACCGAGGCACCCGUCACCCAAGCCCCUACCACCCAAUAUGUUCCACCAAUGAUUGAGCAGUCAACCGUCCCGCCCGUCGAACCAUACGCCAACGAGAACAACGGCGAGAUCAUCACCGCUCAUGAGCAACAGAUCGUCCCCUCCAACGGCUACAAGCCCCCAGAUAACUAUUCUCCCACCAUCGUCGAUGACAACAACGGCGGCUACAACCGGAUCGCAAAGGUGUUGAGGGCACGCGUCUACGGCGUCAGAAACGAGCCUCGAUACCAGCGAAUCCUCUUCACCACCCGC